AUUCAGAAAUUAGAUAGAUAUCGAUUCUGCGUAGUUGAAGAGCAUGUUUGGGUAGCUGUUUUGUUUCUGUUGUGAAUGCGAUUUUCACAAUUCCAAUCCAAACGUGAAAAGAAUUUUUGGGUUUCCAUUUUCUGUUGCAACAUUGCUUUUUCUCUCUUCUCUCUUCUCAGGUAAUUUGAAUUUGUAUGAUGAUGGUGAACCAUACUCAUGAAGGGAAUGCCAGUAAGCAAUGCAAUGCUUCAGUAAACCUUCACAAGGAAACUGAGCCCCAGAAACAAAUAAUGAUUGAUAAAGCUGCAGUUAUGAGCAAACUCAAACAAUCUCUGGACAUGAACUACAGCAGGCAAAGGCCAAGUACUCUAAUAUGAGUUAUGAAAUGGAAGGUGUAAAGAAAGAAUGUGAUCAGAUUACCAAAGAAUUGGAGGACUGUAAGUCCCUGAAUGAUCUUCAGCAGCAGAAUUUUACGGAGGAAAUAAUAAAGAAUUUAAUGCAAAUGAGCUCUCUUCAGAUGGCUGCUCUGAAGCAACAAAAUGAGUCAGAACUAAAACAGUUAAAGGUCAAGAUCUCUAAUAUGAGUCAUGAAAUGGAAGGUAUAAAGAAAGAACGUGAUAAGAUUAACAAAGAAUUGGAGGACAGUAAGUCCCUGAAUGAUCUUCAGCGGAAGAAUUUUAUUAAGGAAAUAAGAAAGGUUUCGCAAUAAAAAAGCCGAGGAACAACUGUGAUGGCUCACAGCUCUGACGAGGAUUCUGAUAUAAGUGAAUCAGAAAUAAGUGAGUAUGAAGAUAAAUAUUAUGAUGAACUGAAAAGUGGAAGUCAGAAUGUGAAAACCACAGAUGAGACCUUCACUUGUCCAUACUGCCCUAAGAAAAGGAAACAAGAUUAUUUUUACAAUGAACUCCUUCAACAUGCUUCUGGGGUGGGUCAGAGUUGUUCACAAAAGAGAAAGGCAAAAGAAAAGGCUAAUCAUUUGGCUUUAGCGAAAUAUUUGGAAAAGGAUCUACUGAAUGGCGAUGUUCCAUCAAAACCUGCUGAUAAAAGUGAUCCUCAGGUUAAUUCUGAUGAGCAGUUUGUGUGGCCUUGUAUUGGGAUUGUAGUUAAUAUUCCCACUAGACAGACAGAAGAUGGACGCAUUGUUGGGGCGACUGGUUCCAAGCUGAGGGAUGACUACAGAAACAGGGGUUUUGAUCUAGUUCGAGUCAAUCCUCUGUGGAAUUUCCGAGGACACACUGGAACUGCUCUUGUGGAAUUCAAAAAAGGCUGGCUAGGCUUACAGAAUGCAUUGGCCUUUGAAAGAGCAUAUGAAUUAGAACAUCAUGGAAAAAAGGAUUGGUUUGCUAAUUCUGAACCGAAGUCUGGUCUAUAUGCCUGGGUUGCUCGAGCAGAUGACUACAACAAAACGAACAAUGUCAUUGGGGAACAUCUGCAGAAGAAGGCCGAUGUCAAAACCAUACCUGAAGUCAUUGAAGAAGAAGCUCGACGUAGUGGUAUUCUAGUGUCCGAAUUGACUAACAUUUUACAGGUAAAAAACAAGCACUUAAAAGAGAUAGAAGAAAGAUGCUCUGAGACUACGGCCAAAAUAGAGAUUGCUAUAUCAGAAAAAAAUAAGCUCUUUGAAGCUUAUGAUGAAGAGAUAAUGAAAAUACAGUCAAGUGCUAGGCAAUACUUACAAAGAAUUUCUAACGAUCAUGAGAAGCUUAAAUUGCAACUGGAAUCUCAGAAAAGCGAGCUCGAGUUGCGAAAAAUUGAACUGGAAAAGCGUGAGGCACAUAAUGAAAGUGAAAGAAAAAAGCUGGCAGAAGAUAUUGCAGAGAAUGCAGUGAAGAAUAACUCUCUUCAGAUGGCUUCUCUGGAGCAACAGAAGGCGGAUGAAAAUGUUAUGAAACUGGCUGAAUAUCAAAAGAGAGAAAAAGAAAAACUCCAUGCUAAAAUCAUUCAGCUUCAAAAACAACUGGACAUGAAACAAAAGCUGGAAUUGGAGAUUCAACAGCUAAAAGGAUCAUUAAGUGUUCUGAAGCACAUAGAAGAUGAUGAAGAUGUUGAAGUUCUGAACAAGGUGGAUGCUUUACACAAGGAUUUGAGAGAAAAGGAGGAGUUACUUCAAGACUUAAAUGAAUUGAACCAAACACUAAUCGUCAAAGAGAGGAGGAGUAAUACCGAGCUGCAAGAAGCUCGAAAAGAAUUGAUUGAUUACAUUAAAGAGACGUCAUUUCGAUCCCAUAUUAAGCUGAAGAGAAUGGGGGAAAUGGACACUGGACCAUUCCUCGAAGCCAUGAAGAAAAGAUAUAAUGAAGAGGAAGCUGAAGAGAGAGCUUCAGAACUAUGUUCAUUGUGGGCAGAAUAUCUGAAGGACCCAGAUUGGCAUCCAUUCAAAGUUGUCAUAAUUGAAGGGAAAGAAAAGGAGAUUAUUAAAGAUGACGAUGAAAAGUUGAAUGGGCUAAAAAAUGACAUCGGUGAAGGGGCGUAUAAAGCAGUGGUGACUGCUUUAACAGAGAUAAACGAAUACAAUCCCAGUGGGCGAUACAUAACCUCAGAAUUAUGGAACUAUGAAGAGGGAAGGAGAGCAACUCUGAAAGAAGGAGCGCAAGUUCUGUUGAAGCAUUGGGAAAUGGUUAAAAGCAAGAGGGGAAUGAUGGGACCGAAGUUGCAACUAAGCCUUACUGAUACAGUUUUAGUUACAUGUCAUAUAACUGUUGAUGUUAUUGCUGAAAGGUUGAUUGAUGUUUGUGAUAGGAACAAGCAUGAUGCAUUUGGAGAGAUAAUUUCUGCAUCACAGCUGGGUUUCAAGCAUCCAUAUUUCCAAAGCUGCGAACCUAAAGGUUCCAACAUUGCUCCAACUCAUUCUACACUCAUCACUCUUCUCAGGUACUUUGAAAUUUGCAUGAUCAUGGCAAACACUAGUCAUGAAGGGGAUUCCAGUGAGCCAUGUGAGGGUUUGGUAAGCUUUCAGAAGGAAACUGAACCCCAGAGCCAGGAAAUUGUUGAUUUGCAGCAAAAACUCAAUGACAAAGCUGCAGUUAUUAGCAAACUCAAAGAAUCUCUGGACAUGGUCAUGAAUAUGACUGACAAAGAGUAUAAGCUGCAUCAGGAAUGUGGAAAGCUGAGAGGAUUAUUAGAUGAGUUGAAGCAUGUGGAAGAUGAUGAAGAUGCAAAAAUUCUGAAGAAGAUAGAUGCUUUACAGAAGGGUUUAAGUGAAAAGGAAGAGUCACUUGAAGACUUAGAUGCAUUGAACCACUGCCUAAUCUCUGUAGAGCGCAAGAAUUUUGAUGAGCUUCAAGAAGCCCGAAAUGAAUUGAUUAAUGAUGACAUUAUGGAGAAGAAGUCAAAAUAUGUUCGUAUUGGAGUUAAGAGAAUGGGGGAGAUUGACACUAGACCCUUCCUUGAAGCAAUGAAGGAAAGAUAUAAUGAGGAAGAAGCUGCAGUGAGAGCUUCAGAACUGAGUUCAAUGUGGGCAGAUUAUCUGAAGGACACCAAUUGGCAUCCAUUCAAAGUUGUCACAAUUGAAGGGAAAGAAAAGGAGAUUAUUGAUGAUGACGAUGAAAAGCUGAAUGGUCUCAAAAAUGACAUUGGUGAAGGGGCAUACAAUGCUGUUGUGACUGCUUUAGUAGAGUUCAAUGAAUAUAAUCCUAGUGGGCGAUACGUAACCAAAGAAUUAUGGAACUAUAGAGAGGGAAGGAGAGCAACUCUGAAAGAAGCAAUUCAGGAUCUUAUCAGGAAAAGGAAAAUGAGCCAGAGACACUAGAGGGUUGAACAUGCUGUGUUCGUAGAUAGAAUGAAGCUUCGGAGCUGGGUAGCACUCAUCAAAUUAGUCGAACUGCGAACUUAAUGGUUGUGUGUAGUUUUUAAGUAACUUAUAAUAAUGUUGAACUGGUUGGUUUCCCUACUAGACUCUAUGAGCUUUUUGCUGAGAAUUAAACUGCAUUAGCAUUUUGACAGAACCUUUGCGCUAUCUCAAUCGUGGAAGAAGGCAUUUUAUGUUAAA